CAUUGUUUGCUGGCUUUGAAAAGCAGAAACAGUGGACGAAUUGGAUACAGAAGAUGAAGAGGAAAUUGGCAACAAUUAGGUAGAUAGCAGCUUUUAGGCUUUAGGCAAGCAUGUCAUUACAUCUACAUUGACUUUCUUGUGCACUUCCCACUUUACAGAUUCUGGUAAAAGUACUUAGUUAUAAACCUACUCUUUAUAGCCAUGGUCUCCGUUUGUAAAGUAUAGCUGCUGGGUCUGUAGUAGUAUUUUAAAAUUAGGAAUUACGAAGUCCCCGGAGGGAUUAAAGUUCUAUAAUUAGAUUUGAAAACGGUAGUAGCUACUGUAGCCUGCGAUCCUACUAUGUACAAAGAAGGGAGCCGGUAUGUACUGUAGUAGAUUAUCUACAGAAGCCUGCAGGGGGGCAGGUUUAUUAGGCAAGGAAGAGGAGGAAUUCAGGACUAGUAUUUGGUGGGAUCAGGGGCUACAAUUGAGGACCAACACAGGGGCCAAAGGGCUUGACUUUGCAGGAUCCACCGAGGCAUAAUUAAUGUGCCACUUGAGUCGACCCAAAAGCCAACCCCACUGCAUUCAGCAGGUACUCGCAGGCAUCAACUUGAACCAACCAACAAUGGUCCACAGGAAGCAAUUCACACGAGCGAGGACAGUGAAGGGCAAGGGGGGCGUUUUGGCGGAUUUGGUCUGCAAAACCAAUCUAAUCACGCCCAAGGGACCUGCAAACAUGAGGAUGCAGAAUACAACAGCUCCAUUGCCAAUCAAAUAGGCUGCAUUGUCAAAUGGUUUUAAAAUGGCCAUCAGGGUGAGUCCGCCACUGUGGCAACACCUUGCAGAUGGUGCCAAAUGCUUUCUGGCAGGGUGGGAGUGGUUGCAUUCAGGAUGGAGGUUUCUCAAGUUUUGGGGAUACGGAGUGUGAGUUUUGUACCAUAGUAGGCUGCCAGUACACAGACAACACCAUUGCAAGACCAUGUUUCAUACCGUAUUCUCUUUCAAAACCGUGACACCGUAGCAUGAAAGGACUGGAAGUAUCAAAUAAAUUAAAUGCGUUCCGCAACUCAUUCUGAAGGCUCAUUUUUCUGCAACGUGUCAAAGGCAAGGACAUGCAGCACCAAAUGCAAAGAAGCCAAAGAACUAAAAGUUUUUUGUCUUCAUUGUUUGAAAGAAUGGAAAUUGAUGGCACGAUCUUUUCUCCAUGAGGAUGUUCCGCACCAAACAUUUGGUCGGCUAUGGCUCUCCUUGUUGGUUCCCAUCCUGCAAAUGCGUUUGCCCUGCCGAUCCUAUCAUACCCCACCACAAGAUCGUUGCCUUUGACGCUUUAUGCCACCAAACAACACCAACACCACGAGUGGCCUUCCAUAGUCAACGUGCAUCGAGUGCUGGGCGACGAAAGGUUUUGCAGAAGAGACUUUACUAACAUCAUUGUAUCCGAGAAGCUGGAUGGAGCCAAUUUGGGCAUUGAAAUGGAUGGAAAGGAUGGAAAUCUUGUGGCCUUGCAUGGUCGAAACAGCGUUCUUUGGUACGAUCACUACAAAGGCGUGACAGAUCCAUUCCAGUUGACCUAUGGAUCUGUCAAGGGUCGCUUUGAGUCUCUUCGUGAGGUUGUUGAACCCUUGAAACUGACCGUCCAAGGUUUGCAGGCCAAUGACGACUUUGCAACGGAGGAAGCAACUAGUUUUGUCUUUUAUGGAGAAUGGUGCAAUCCGACAACAUCAACGGUGAAGCAGCAGCACCAGGAACCAUCCUGGCAUCCCUUUGGUGUAGCCGUGAUCCGGAACGAUGGAUCUAAGUCCAUUUAUGCCAUGACGACCGCGCUCCAUGCAAUCUUGACAUCCAAUGGACUGCAUCCACCCCGAAUACUCGCUCAGACCAAGGAUAUACCUCGAGCAAUCGAAGUCGUCUUUCAUAGAAUGCUGAAUCCACCUGAAAUGGAACGCUUCGAAGGGGUCGUUCUCACUGUGGAAAGCAACCAACGUGGAGGGAACAAGAAUCCCAGAGCUCAACUGUUUGGAUUGGGAUGCAAGUGGAAGACGGCUGCAUUCGAAGAACAGCCCCAAUUCCUCUUGGACAAUGUCUCGUUCAUUCAAGAUCUGGCACCCACAGUGGACUUGCUGAAACAGGUCUAUGAACAACGACAAGAGCGUCAGAACGGCAAACGAAAGCGCAAGAAAACGCUCACGAAAGAACAGAUGGAACAAGAAUCCGAGCUUACUCGACAGGUGUUGUUAGCCUUCCAUUCUGUCAUGAGCAAGUCGGCACUUUCAGCCGAAGACGUACGAAACAUGCAAGAUAGGGAUGCACGUACCGUAGAACUGCAACGUAUCAAUCAUCAGGUUGUACUGGACUUGGAGGACCAGUACAAGCAAGUCGGUGUCAUGGAACUUCCUGAAGAGGUGAGAAAGGCCGCUGGAACUCUUGUGAGUAAGUACAUUAUGAAGCCACCCACUGCUUGAUAAUUGAUGCAUUCCGUACAAUUGGACCAGGCCUGCAUCAUUAAAAAAGCCGUACUAAGAGAACUGGACCCGAUAAGCUGUAGAGAUCCUUUUGUUUUGCAGGCGAGUACCUGCUAGGUACCGUACAGUAGUCUUUCAUAUGUAACUUUCCUUAGAUUUAAAAGCCAAUUUACAUUAUGUC